AUGAAGACCCUGGGUAUCCUCGCUACCCUUGCUCUUCUGGUCACCCUCGCAAAUUCAGGUUUCAUUGGGGGCUACGGCGUUGGCUAUGGUGGCUACGUCCCCACGCUUCCAACCUACGGGUUGGAUCACAUUGGCUAUGGCCUCGGUUAUGGCCUCGGCUAUGGACUUGGCAAUGGACUUAGAUAUAGCGCCUAUGGUCUCGGCUACGGCGCUUCAGGUCCUGGCUACGGCUACGGGCCUGUGUAUGGUUACGGGCCUGGAUAUGGCUACGGACUCAAGUAA